AUGAACAAAAGCCUCUCCUUUGAACACAAACCUUUUGAUCAAAGGCCUUCAGAGGUGUCCCCCUACCUAGGAGGUAAGGAGUUCAUAGUAGGACACGGUAGUAAUAACAAACUAAUCUUUAACCUUCUCAGGACAAGUCUGGUGAAAGCUGAGUGGAAGCCAGGACAGGGCAUCGUAGAGCUGCAGUCCCCUGCGGGGAAGUUCUGGCACACCAUGGGGUUCACAGAGCAUGGCAAACAGUGCCUGCUGCCCGAGGAAGCUCUAUACCUGCUGGAGUGUGGCUCUGUUCAGCUGUUUUACAGAGAUCUGCCCUUGUCAAUCCAGGAAGCCUACGAGAUCCUGCUGUCCCAGGAGGCAAUGAGCCUGCCCCAUUACCAGGUGUUCAGCCACUUGAAGCAACUGGGUUAUAUUGUACUGAGAUUCGACCCCAGCACUGUCCUGUCUCCCUACGAGAGGCAACUGAACCUGGAAAGUCACUGCCAGAGCUCUGGGAAACACCAUCGCAAAAGGAGGAGGAGUUCCAGCCCCCGGUUGCAUGAGAAGAAAUAUAAGGUGUCGGAGGACCUUCCAGAAGCUGAAGGGACCUCCAAAAAAGCUGGAGAUGACUGUGGAGACUCCAGCUGCCUUCCCAUGGAUGAACAACCCUUGUCAGACCAGCCAAAGGAAUCACAUGCUGGCAGUGGAGAGGGAGAAUCAAACCCAGUUCCUCUUGAUACAGGACAAAAGGACUCCCUGAGCCCCUCCUGGAGCCGUGCUGGAGACCAUAAGGAGAGCAGCACUGGCACCCGUGCACCCCGCUGGGAUUUUACCACCAUUGUCUUGCCAAACGUGGCCCCAGACCAGCCAUGUACACAUCUGCCCUCACCUGACAAUGGACUCUUGCCGGAGAACGUGCCGGGGAGGGAGGUUGAUGCAGCUUGCUGGUGUACACGCAUCAAUCAGAAACAGGAGAAACUGUCACGGAAAGAAAGGGAGCAGCGAGAAAGGGAGAGCAGGUACAAGAGCAGUGUCAAUGCUGACCGGGAGGUGAGGCACUGCUCCAACUGGCAGGAGUACAAAGCCCUUCUGGCACAGAGGAGCCGGCAGAGGGUUUGGAAACGACCGCCACAUCUCUGGGACCAAGCUGUUACACCGCUUUUGCGGCCAGAUGAAGCUACCUCACCAGCUGCGCUCCUCCAGCAGAUCAGCGUGCUGCAGCCCUCCCACAUCCUGGAUGGAGCCUCCCGGCUGCAGGAGGACCCAGAGGGCAUGAAGAUAGACUUCAACGUGUAUCAAGCAGAUGCUGUGGCCAAGUUUAAGAAGACAAACCCUGGGAAGCCAUAUGUCAGGAUGUGUGUUCGGAGCUUUGAUGAGCAGAUUCCGUCCCUUCGGGCUUUGAAGCAGGUUACGUAUCAGAGUGGGGACGUCCCAGUGGUCUUUGCGCUGGUGGAUCACGGAGAAAUUGCCUUUUAUUCGCUAAAGGAAUUCAAACUGCCGGUUGAUCUUAAUCACUGA